AUGUUGCGACACUGCCGAGAAAAAUAUUCUGAUUAUGUUACAUUGCUUUUCAACCAUAAGGUUAUUAACAUCAAUCAGGACUCAAGGUCAGCAACAGCGGUGGUCGAGGUUGGCGGUCAAGACGAAGUCAAACGCACCGUGACAUUUGAGGCAUCUUACAUUAUUGGGUGUGAUGGUGGGCAGAGCACCGUUCGAAAAACGCUUUUCCAGAGGAAUUGGCCCGGUGAAACGUUUGGGAGUCGCCUGCUUGUUCAAAAUGUAUACUACAAAGGGUUCGCAGACAGUGGUUGGGAUGGUGGCAACUACAUGAUAGACGACGAAUUCUGGGGUCUCAUUGCCAAACGAGGCAAGGCCAAAGGACCAGAGGGUGAGCUCUGGCGAGUUACAUAUGGUGAUUCGGUCGCCAAUCUAUCGGAAGAAGAAUAUCUGAAGCGCCGCGAACUCGCAUUCAAGAAGAUGCUUCCUGGACAUCCGGAUCCCAGCCAGUACAAGGUGACGCAGACGGACCAAUUCCGCAUCCACAAUCGAUGCGUAGAAAAGAUGCGUGUCGGCCGAGUUUUCCUCGCGGGCGAUGCUGCUCAUGUCUGUAAUCCUUUUGGCGGAUACGGCUGUAUGGCUGCGGUUUUGGAUGUGGCGGGCCUCGCGGACUGUCUCAUCGGGUACUAUGAGGGCAAAGCCGAUGAGGACAUUCUUGACGCUUACGCGGAAAUCCGGCGAGAGAAGUUCCUUCAGUUUAUUGACCGGCGGUCUAGGAAAAACUUGAAUCGAAUCUCCAAGACAAACGCAGACACUGCGCUUGAGACGGACCCAUUUCUAGCAUUGCUGAAAGGCAUGGAGGGUAAUGCUGACGAGACGAAGAAAUUUCUACUGGUACGUAUUCCUCGCCAGGAUGCCCUUUACCCCAAGGGAUAUUAUCAGAUAGCCUAA